AUGGCGACGCCCGGCGAGCAGCAGCAGGCGGCGGCGGAGGAGGUCGUGUCCGUGGAGAUGCCUGCUCCCGACGGGUGGACCAAGAAGUAUACUCCCCAGAGAGGGGGAAGAUCUGAGAUUGUUUUUGUAUCACCAACUGGCGAGGAAAUUAAGAACAAGAGGCAACUAAGCCAAUACCUGAAGGCACACCCUGGAGGCCCUGCUGCUUCAGAGUUUGAUUGGGGAACUGGUGAUACUCCAAGGCGUUCUGCUCGCAUUAGCGAGAAAGUUAAGGUAUUUGAUAGCCCAGAGGGCGAGAAGAUCCCAAAACGCAGCAGAAACUCAAGUGGUAGGAAGGGUAGGCAGGGGAAGAAGGAAGAAGCCCCUGAAACUGAAGAAGCCAAAGAUGCUGAAACUGGCAAGGAGGCUCCAAGUGAAGAUGCUGCAAAGGAGACUGAUGUGGAGAUGAAGCCUGCUGAAGAGACUAAGGAAGCUCCUGCUGAAGCUGAAGAUGCUGAGAAGGCUGCAGACAAGGCUGAUGAUGCUCCUGCUCCAGCACCAAUGGAAGAAGAUAAGAAAGAAACUGAGAAACCAGCUGAAUCUGUUGUAGCUCCUCCUGCAUCAACGGAGGAGAAGAAAGAAGAUGCCAAGCCAGCUGAGCCUGAAGCUGCAGCCCCAACUGAGAACUCAGCUCCUACUCCUGCUGAGCCUGCUGUUGUUCCUGCUCCAGCGCCUGAGACGAAAUCAGAUGCUGCUGCUGCUGAUCCAGCGCCUGAGACCAAAUCAGAUGCUGCUGCUGCUGAUCCAGCGCCUGGAACCAAGGCAGAUGCUGCUGCUGCAGAUCCAGCACCUGGAGCCAAGCCAGACGCCGCUCCAGUAGAGAACUCCGCCGACAAAGGCGGAAACCAGGAGAGCCAGCCCGUCAACAACGGGCAGCUGCCGCACUCAACGGUGAAGUGCAUCUGA